GUCCACCCGUAUGUCCCUCCCUCUCUCUCUCCUCCCUUCCUCCAUCACGCUCUCCCUCUCUCUCUCUCUCUCACUGUGAUCGGUCGGUCGCUUUCACGUUUCGGGAGUCGGAUUUCACCACUCCUGCUGUCUAAGGGCUGUUACUAUUGAGUCCUCUCUAACAUCCAUAUCAUAUCAGAAGUGUUGGACCGUAGAGCGCAGACGUGUGUCGCCAUUGCAUUGUGCACCCCGUGCUGGGAUUCAUAUUGGAUGUGUUCUAAACUUCUUCGAGAACAUGAACGGAUACACGGGAGUCAUUAUUUCGUUUUGUUCGUGAGUGCAGUGUAGAUUGGGGGUAGGGAAGCACAACCCCCGUCUUUUGACCCUUACCAUCACUACGGCUACAGAGGGACCGGGGACCGGGAGUGCUGGGUUAUUGUUUUGUUUUUGUUGCCGUCGUUUUUUGACGUUGUUCUCUUCACUCACGUUCCCACCUUGGAUGAAGACAAUUGUAUCGGGCAGUUAUGGAAACGGGACCCUACUAUUCUUGAUGUUGAAAUGACUGUUGUUAUUGUAGUCAAUUUCCCACCGAUUCAUUCAUUUAGCGCUUAGUCCUUCGAGGAUUUCAGAGAAGAUGGAGAGCGUGGAGAGGGAGUGCGGGGCUCUGGGUGGAUUAUUCCAGGCUGUUGUAAACGAUAUGAAGAACUCAUACCCUGUGUGGGAGGACUUCACUGCCAAAGCCACUAAGCUACACUCCCAACUUAGGACCACUGUGCUGGCUACAGCUGCCUUUCUUGAUGCCUUUCAGAAAGUUGCAGACAUGGCCACAAAUGCAAGAGGUGCCACCAGAGACGUGGGCUCGGCCCUGACGCGGAUGUGCAUGCGCCACCGCAGCAUCGAGGCCCGGCUGCGGCACUUCACCAAUGCUCUUAUGGAGAAACUCAUCGGCCCUCUCCAGGACAAGAUUGAGGAGUGGAAGAAGACUGCCGCCCUGCUGGACAAAGACCAUGCCAAAGAGUACAAGCGAUCCAGGCAGGAAAUUAAGAAGAAAUCCUCAGACACCUUAAAGCUUCAGAAGAAAGCCAGAAAAGAAAUCCCGGGAAGAGGAGGGCUGCAGCCACAGCUGAACAGUGCCAUGCAGGAUGUGAGUGACAUGUACCUGCUGAUGGAGGAGACGGAGAAGCAGGCGGUGCGCCGAGCCCUCCUGGAGGAGAGGGGGCGCUACUGCAACUUCAUCACCAUGCUGCUGCCUGUGGUGAAUGGAGAGAUUGCCAUGUUGGGAGAGGUCACUCACCUUCAGGCCAUUAUUGAUGACCUCACAGUGCUGACCACCGAUCCACACAAACUGCCUGCUGCAAGUGAACAGGUGAUAGUGGAUCUGAAGGGCUCUGAUUAUAACUGGUCUUACCAGACUCCCCCAUCCUCCCCCAGCAGUCUGGGCUCCCGUAAGAGCAGCUUAUGCAGUUUGGCCCACCUGCCACCAGGUGGAGCUCACCGCCUCAGCAGUGUGUCAUCUCAUGACUCUGGCUUCAUCUCCCAGGAUGCCAACAACCACUCCAAGCCUCCCUCUCCCAUGCCCUCCGAUAUCACCAGCCAGAAGUCCUCCAGCUCUGCCUCAUCUGAGGCAUCUGAAGUGUGUCAGUCUGUGAGUGAGUGCAACUCCCCCACUGCGUUUGGCUCAUCCUUUGCUACCUUCCGCCCUGCUCACUCACUCACUGGCUCCAUGAGGCCACUCUCUUUCAUACUUCCUGUGUCCCCUCAUAACUAUUCCCCUGGAUCAAACACCCCCUCACCCACAUCAAAGGUUCCUUGCUGGAAGGAUUGGGCAAAGUCAAAUUCUUAUGACCUGUCUAAUGCCUACGAGACCCGGGCUGCCUCUCAACCUCGAAGACAUGACCCGCUGGAGAGACUCAGGGACGCAGAGAGCCCGUAUAUGACAAGAGGGAAUGCUGGGAUACACCAGGAGGACCCACAAAGGGCCAGGAUGAGCCCUAUUACUGUGGCACCCAAGCAUAUGAAACCCAUGUGCUCAGCUGCGAGUGAGUUAGCCAUGGUGUUGACACGCGGCUUGAGUGUGGACCAACAGAAGAGCAGUCGGGACUCUCUGCAGUACUCCAGUGGAUACAGUACUCAAAACACCACGCCAUCAUGCUCAGAAGAUACCAUACCAUCACAUGGCUCAGACUAUGACAGCUACUCCAUGAAUGGUGACGCAGACGUCGACCCUCAUACAGACUUCGACAAGUCCUGCACGGUCCCUCGCCAUAGCAACCUGGCUCAGAAUUACCGGCGUAUGAUCCAGACCAAGAGGCCUGCCAGCACGGCGGGGCUCCCUGCAGGCAUAGGCCUCAAAGUGGGCACACCGCCUCAUGGCACCACCCCUCAUGGCACCCACUCCCACCCCCACAGCCCGUCCGACACCAACGGGGCCGGGGGCCAUGGUGGAAUGGUCAUUUCAUCAGGGACGGCCACCAUUCGUCGAACCCCAUCGUCUAAAACAGGGGUGAGGCGCACCCCGUCGAAUGUUGGCCCCAUCCCUAUACGGCCCCCGAUCGUCCCGGUCAAAACCCCCACAGUCCCAGACUCUCCGGGGUUCCCCCCUCCUCCCCCGGAGACCAACGGCAGUCAGGAGAGCCUCUACGUCGAUGACCUCCCGCCGGGAGCCCUGGACUACAUGAAGGCCUCGCCCAAGCGCCUCAGCCUGCCCACCCAGCCGUGGGGCUCUGCUGGUGGGUAUGACCAAAGCCUGUACCCCCCGCAUCCCUGUAGUUUGGAUCUCCAGCAGCAGCAGCACGAGGACCUGCUGCUGGCCGCCAACCGCCACACCCUGGUGGAGCAGAUCGGAGAGCUGGUGGCCAGCGCCCAUGCGCUGGGCGAUGGGCAUUUCCUGUUCCCCUCCCAGACAGAGGUGGCAGCGGCGAGCCAUAACCAGAGUCUGAGGGAGAAGAUGCUGGUCCCAGACGGGGAGGACAUGCUGAAGACCAUCCGCAGGGGCGUGAGGUUGCGGAAGUCGGAGUGCAACGACCGCUCGGCACCACGGAUCACGCCCUAGACCCAACCACGCAACACUAUAUGCCUUUGGCUCUUAAUCACAAGCAAAGGCUGGGGAUAGGUUGCGUCUGUCUCAAAUAUGGGAGGAAUGGUUAUAUAGGUUUUUCAGGGCAUCUCAGCUCUUACUGGACUGACAUUGAUAAACUGAGUGGUCUGAGAGGAUUUCCAUCUGACUUUCUGGGCCUUGACAGGAAGUGGAAGGUGAUAGCUAAAACCUGCAUACCCACACUGAUCCAUUUGUAACAGAGAUGCCAUUCUUUCCUUAUGGCAAACACCUCAGUGAAAUGCUUUUAGAAAUAUAAUAUUAGCUAGAGUUAGCUAUAAUUAACAAGAGUAACUGCAAACAGCUUAAUUAAACUGACAAAUAACCACUGAAUGACCAUGGUCACUGUAAUCUCCACAUAUAUGCUGUAUAUAUAUGGACAUGAAUGGAAAGAGAUGUACUAGUGGAAUGUUCUUCAGUAGAGCCAGAUUGCCAGGGACUUUUAUUGCGGCACAUUGCAAGAGUUGACUGCUGAAGGUGGACACUGCCAGGGAGCUCAAUGCUUUUGAUGUCAAUGCUUUCGAUGAAGUUAUGAUGUCAGAGACUAUGAUGUCAUGAAUCCCUUGCCUGUGGAACUGUGUUCAUGUGAUGUGUCGGGAUUCACAGGUAUAUCACACAUCUGCUGACAACCAUGUUAAACUAAAGCUACAACAAAAAAAAACACAAAAAAAAAACGCCAAAGCAUUUUGUUCUUUAACUUUUAAAUACAUUAAGCACAAAAUGGCCGACUCCACAGCACUCACUGAAGCUUCCCUCAGUAGAAUGGACCCCAGAGGUGAGCCUCAUAACUUAACACUGCCAAAUGAUCGGCUGGAUGUCUUAUUCCCUUUACAGUAUGUACUGUCUUUUAUGUAGUCCUUUGGGGAAAGUAUAAAUGUUUUUCAUUUUCGUUCGUUUUUUUUUUUUUCUACUACGUAGUGUAUGUCAUUUCUUUUUGUCUUAUAUUGGUUGUAGUAGUAGUGGAGCAGGGUGAGAUAAGAGAAAUUAGAUGGGACGGGUUUCCCAUUUGCAAGUUGCUCCAAGUUACUUCCCUACCAGAACCACUAGCUGUUGAAAAGAUGGAAAUGCAUGUCAAAUAAAAUAACAAGCCAUA